UUGUCAACAAUAAAAUGGCUGGAAAUUUUUGGCAUAGCUCACAUUAUCAACAAUGGGUACUGGACAAGCAAGACUUGAUGCGAGAACGUCAAGCAGAUUUAAAAGUUGUUUCUGAAGAUGAAUACAGCAAAGUUAUGAUCUUUUUUGCCAAUUUUAUCCAAGCUUUAGGUGAACAGUUGAAAGUUCGACAACAAGUUAUAGCAACAGCUACUGUUUAUUUCAAACGAUUUUACGCAAGAAAUUCAUUAAAAUGUAUUGACCCAUGGUUAAUGGCACCGACUUCAAUAUUUCUGGCUUCAAAAGUUGAGGAAUUUGGAGUCAUUUCUAACAGUAGAUUAAUCUCAACUUGUCAAACAGUUGUAAAAACCAAAUUUCCUCAUGCUUUCAAUGGAGAUUAUCCCUACAGAAUACAAAAUGUUUUAGAAUGUGAAUUUUAUCUUCUGGAAAUGAUGGAUUGUUGUUUAAUAUUGUACCAACCAUAUAGACCUCUAACUCAAUACUGUAAUGAUCUCAAACCAGAGACAGAUUUAUUACAGGUUUCUUGGCGUAUUGUAAAUGACAGUUUAAGAACUGAUAUACCAUUACUGUAUCCACCAUAUCUUAUUGCUAUAGCGUGUUUACACAUGGCUUGUGUUAUCAAACAGAAAGACGUGAAACAAUGGUUUGCUGAACUCUCUGUUGAUAUGGAUAAGAUUUUAGAAAUUUCCAGGCAGAUCCUCGCCCUGUAUGAAAUGUGGAAAACCUACGAUGAAAAGAAAGAAAUCGCGGGAAUCUUGGCAAAAAUACCGAAACCAAAACUCAACCCUUCCAGGCCCCCAUCGGCUGGUCCCAACAACCAGGAAAAUAAUACCCAGAAUUCCUCAUCACAAUCAAAUCAACAGUCGUCUAAACACUGAUUGGUUGAUUUUCAGCCAAUCAAAAUCAUCAACCAAUGAAAUUGCAUAUAGAAGUAGAAUAUACCAAAAAAACAUUUUCAAUGAAAUUGGAGAUUACAUUCUGCUGAGAAUUCCUGCAAAGACAUUGGCUGGUUAUUUUUAGCCAAUCAAAAAGACUUUAGCAACUUUGCUGAACAUUUUGUGAUGUCAUAAGCACUCUAUUCGAAAGAUGAAUGAACAAAGAAUAAAGGAAGUAACAUUAAAUGAAUGAAUGAUCAAAGAAUGAAUGAAUGAAUGAAUGAUUCAGUUAAAAAAAUCUCCAGCUCGUUAUCUUGGUCAAAGCUGACGCGAUAUAUUUUUGAAGGACAGAAAGUCAGAUGGAAAUAUAACACAUUUAAGUUUUCUAGUCUGAAACUUCUGCCUCUAUUCCAGCCUCUGAUAGAUAUUUUGAAAGUUAUCUGCUGUAGUAGAAUCAGAAAAACUAGGCCCGAUUUUAUGGGGAUUUGCCAAACUUUUGUAGGUUGGUCUAGGUUGUGCAUAUUUGACAUCCUUGGCAGACUCAAGACAUUAUUGUAAAUACUGUACAAUUUUACAUUAAAAAUUAAAUAUGUAGAUAUAU